AUAAGGCUCCAUCAGCCCCUCCUCCACAUCAUUCUCUUCUUCGACGCCACAACAGAAACAACCAGUAUGAUCGCUAAGGUUGCCGUGGUGGUGGUGUUGGUGGGGGUGACUCUCGCCGCCCAGCACAACUCAUACACCGCUCCCCAACAGUCCGGGCACAAACAGGAUGGCAUGCCAUACAACUUCCAGUACGGCGUCAAAGACGACUACUCUGGCACUGACUUUGGCCACAACGAGGAAUCUGACGGAAACACUGUCCGUGGCUCCUACACCGUCCAGCUCCCCGACGGCCGCAAGCAGACGGUGAACUACGUGGUCGACGGCUACAGUGGCUACCAGGCUACUGUCACCUACGACGGCGAGGCUCAGUUCCCCGAUCAGUACGGUCCCCCCAUCACCUUCAGGCCCCAGUCUUACGGCCAGUCCCAGCAGUCAUACCAGCCUGAACCUUCAUACCAGCAGGAACCCUCAUACCAGCAGGAACCCUCAUACCAGCAGGAACCCUCAUACCAGCAGGAACCCUCAUACCAGCAGGAACCUUCAUACCCGACCGGACCCUCAUACCAACAGGAACCUUCAUACCCAACAGGACCUUCAUACCAGCGCGAACCCUCAUACCCAACAGGACCUUCAUACCAGCCCGAACCCUCAUACCAGAACCCAUAUCAGAAUGAACCUUCCUACGCAUAACAUUUUAAUAUAAUACCAAAGUAAUGUUCCACAGCUAUUAAUGUUUUUGUUGACAUAGAAAAAAUAAAGUUUUAUUUCCUCUA